AUGGAGUAUGAACGUUUGGUUGAAGGAUUAAGACGCGUUGAAGAAGAUCGUAUGAAUGAUCAAGUUUUAGCGAAUCCUGUGCUUCCUGAUAUGAUUUUGCAAGAAGCAGUACCGGGAUCUAUACGAACUGCUAUACAUUUCAUUGGAUUUUUGCGUCGUUUGAACGAAUAUUUGAAGUACCGAAUGCGUACCAAAACUGUUGUUAUUGAAAGUCCUGCAGCAUUUCUUCGCGAUAUUGGCGAUUUAAUGUUUAUUGACCGAACACCUCUAAGAUUUUGUGCAGAGCGAUUCGCAUCGUUAGCACGAACAUUAGAGCUGGCUGACAUAUCGGAUUUCAGUUCUUUGGUACUGAUUACAAAUUUUGCGACGCUUGUCAGCACUUAUGGACGAGGUUUUAUGAUUAUUAUUGAACCUUUGGAUGAAAAAAGUGGUACAGGACAUAGUUGCACGCUACAUUUGAGUUGUGUUGAUGCUUCUAUUGCUAUUCGUCCAGUUUUUCAGCGUUACCAGACAGUUGUUAUCACUUCAGGGACUUUAUCACCGUUAGAUAUGUAUCCAAAGAUUUUGGAUUUCGAUCCUGCAAUUAUGGCAAGCUUGUCAAUGACGCUUGCUAGACCCUGUAUUGCACCAUUGUUUGUUUCAAAAGGUAAUGACCAAGUAGCGAUGACGUCACGUUUUGAAUCUCGAGAAGACAUUGCUGUAAUACGGAAUUACGGAAGUCUUGUUUUAGAACUUGUUUCUUUAAUUCCUGAUGGUGUUGUAGUGUUUUUCACCAGUUAUAUGUACAUGGAAAAUGUUAUUUCAACAUGGUAUGAUCAGGGAAUUAUUGAUGAGUUGUUGAAACACAAACUUUUGUUUAUCGAAACAACGGAUGCGCUCGAAACCAGUAUUGCUUUAGAAAAGUAUGUGGAAGCUUGCGAUUGCGGAAGAGGAGCUAUUUUCUUCUCCGUCGCAAGGGGAAAGGUAUCAGAAGGCAUUGAUUUUUCGCAUCAUCUUGGACGUGCUGUCAUAAUGCUCGGUGUUCCUUAUAUGUAUACAGAAAGUCGCAUAUUGCGAGCUCGACUUGAAUAUUUACGAGUUCGUUUAGGGAUAAGAGAAAAUGACUUUUUGACAUUUGAUGCUAUGCGUCAAGCUGCACAGUGCAUGGGACGCGCCUUAAGAGGGAAGAGUGAUUAUGGUUUGAUGAUCUUCGCUGAUAAGUUUUCACGUAAGGACAAGAUGGGGAAGCUUCCUAGAUGGAUUCAAGAGUACAUCACUCCUGGAAAUGUUAAUCUCAGUAUUGAGGAAGCCGCUAUGAUUGCCAGAAAAUGGUUUCCGUUAAUGGCACAACCAUUCACAAAGGAACAUCAGUUGGGAAUUUCAUUGUUAACUGAAGAAAUGCUUCAUGAAGAGGAGCUACUCAAGAAGAAAUUCAGUCAUGUUCUACAAGAAGUUGAUUGA